AUGGAUGAACUAUUUUUCUUCUUCGUCCUCUUUUGUGGACUCUUCUUUCUCGCAUCGAUAAUAUAUUGCUUUCUCUCAACCUGCUUGGGCAUACAAAUACGAAGAUCAGAUAUCAAAGAAGCUUUCUCAUUACCUACACCUGCCAAGAUUCGAGCUAGGGAUGAAGAACGCCGGAGAAGGAUGGAGCAAAUGGGUGGAUAUGAGAUGGAUGAUAUAGGUUAUGAAAGAGUAGGCGGGAUGUCAUCAGGUGCGGAGGAAUUUGAGAUGAUGAGGCGGGGUGGGCCAUCAAGAGGUUUUUUCUAG